AUGCCAGCUGAAACACGUCCUCAAGGUCUUCGGAUCUCCAUCGACCGCGGUGGCACCUUUACCGAUUGUAUCUGCAAAGUCCCUGGCCGAGAGGAUAUCGUCGUCAAGAUCCUCUCAGUCGACACGAAGAACUAUCCAGAUGCACCGACCGAAGCUGUCCGUCGAGUGUUGGAGAUUUACUAUGGAGAGUCUAUUCCACGAGGGACUCCAUUAAACACAAAGGAUAUUGAAUGGAUCCGCAUGGGCACAACGGUCGCCACAAAUGCUCUGCUGGAAAGAAAAGGAGAGCGCACUGCCCUCUUGAUCACAGCCGGCUUCAAAGAUCUGCUGCAGAUUGGCAAUCAAUCUCGGCCUGCCAUGUUCGAUCUGGCCAUUCGCAGACCGGAAUCGCUAUACGCGGAUGUCUUCGAGGUGGAUGAGCGUGUCACACUGCGCAACUGCACUGAUUCAGACCUGAGAAGUACCAAUCUAUCAUCGCCAGGGUUUGUCCAGGAGGUUCAAGGGACAUCAGGCGAGACUGUGCAGAUCAUCAAACCAGUUGAUCUGCAGUCGGUAGAAGCGUAUCUGCAAAAUAUUUACAACGCUGGAUAUCGCUCCAUCGCAGUCUGUCUGAUGCAUUCAUACAUUUUCCCUGAACAUGAACUGCAGAUCAAAGAGAUCGCACAGAAGAUCGGCAUCACCAACGUCUCUCUGUCUCACGUUGUAUCGCAACGAUCCAAGAUUGUCCCUCGAGGCAACUCGGCUGUCAUUGACGGCUAUCUGACUCCCACCAUCGAGCGAUAUCUGCAGCAGUUCCUGGCCAGCUUCCCGGGCAUCGAACAAACGGGAACGAAGCUCGAGUUUAUGCAAUCCGACGGUGGUCUCGUCCCAGCCAACCAGCUAUCCGGUCUUCGCUCCAUUCUCUCUGGUCCAGCUGGAGGUGUCGUUGGAUAUGCCCAGACAUGCUAUGACGAGAGCAACAAAGUCCCUCUGAUCGGAUUCGACAUGGGCGGAACCAGCACAGACGUUAGUCGUUAUGAUGGCGACCUGGAUCACAUCUUUGAAACUACAACCGCUGGCAUCUCCAUCCAAGCACCACAGCUGAAUGUCAACACCAUCGCUGCCGGUGGUGGCAGUAUCCUCGCCUGGCGCGAUGGCCUCAUGUCUGUUGGCCCAGAAAGUGCAUCGUCGCAUCCUGGCCCAGCUUGCUACCGAAAGGGGGGACCGUUGACCGUCACAGAUGCCAACCUGGCCUUGGGAAGACUCAUUCCAGAACAUUUUCCGUCUGUCUUUGGGCCGAAUGAAGACGAACCCCUGGAUCGGGACGUUGUCAUUGCCAAGUUUGAGGAAUUGACAGCGACGAUCAAUCGGGACACAGGCAAGUCACUGAGCUGGGCGCAGGUUGCUCAUGGAUUCAUCGAUGUCGCCAACUCUGCCAUGUGCGGUCCCAUUCGCAGCUUGACCGAAGCGCGAGGACACGAUACAACAAGACACAAUCUGGCAUCGUUUGGAGGCGCAGGAGGUCAGCAUGCGUGUGCCAUUGCAGAGGCUCUGGGCAUAAAGAAGGUCCUCAUCCAUAAGCAUUCGUCUAUUCUAUCUGCAUACGGAAUUGGACUGGCAGACGUGGUCCAUGAAGAGCAGAGGCCUUGUGCAAAGAUCUACGAGUCUUCGACCCUGCAUACCAUCCUGGCUGAUCUGGAUGAUCUCAGUCAAGUGGCCAAGGACCAUCUGGCGGAGACUGGCAUUCUCAACGUCGAUGCAUACCGCUAUCUCAGCAUGCGAUAUGAUGGCAGUGAGACCACGCUGAUGGUUGCUGUCGAGUCUGGCCAGGAUGCAUUACAGUCGUUUGUGACAGCGCAUCAUCAGCAAUUCGGCUUCACUCCAACAAACAGAAAGGUGUUUGUCGACAGUCUUCGAAUUCGGGCAGUUGGAAGGGGAUCCUUUGAUGAAGAAUCCACUAGUCCUGCCCAUCCAGAGAAACUGCAGAAUCAAAUUGGCAUCAAGUCAGAGUCGCCAAAGCCAGUCUUCUUCGACGCCUCUGGAUGGAGCGAUACCCCCGUGUAUCUUCUUGGAUCGCUCCCUUUUGGCAGUUCCAUCGCAGGUCCCGCUAUGGUCGUCGAUCAAACACAGACCAUCCUGAUCGGCCUUGGUUCGUCUGCAUUGAUUCAGCCCGAAACAGUCAUCUUGGAUGUCUGUCCGAUGAAGAAAAAAGAUGCAGUCAGCACCGACACGAUUGACCCGGUGCAGCUGUCCAUCUUCCGCCAUCGCUUCAUGGGCGUCGCAGAGCAAAUGGGCCGGAUGUUGCAGCAGGUCAGUGUCAGUGCAAACAUCAAAGAGAGACUCGAUUUCAGCUGUGCUUUGUUCACGCCGGAUGGAUCACUGGUUGCCAAUGCGCCUCAUGUUCCAGCCAUGAUUGGCAGUAUGGCAUUUGCCGUCAAGUCGCAGAUCAAAGCGUGGAGUGGAAAGUUGAAAGACGGCGAUGUUCUGUUGUCCAAUUCUCCAGAAUAUGGCGGCACUCAUCUGCCUGAUUUGACGGUCAUCACUCCCGUGUUCGAUUCAGAGGGAAAGGAGAUCAUCUUCUGGGCUGCUUCUCGUGGCCAUCAUGCUGAUGUCGGUGGAAUUCUACCCGGCUCUAUGCCUCCAUCCUCUCGCGAACUCUGGCAAGAAGGCGCUCUAUUCAACUCGUUCCUCUUGGUCAGGGACGGCGUUCUCGACGAUGAAGGACUUACUCGGAUGCUCUGCGAUGAGCCAGCUCAAUAUCCCGGUUGCAGUGGUACCCGUUGCUACCAGGAUAAUGUGACUGAUCUCAAGGCACAAGUGGCUGCCAAUCACUGCGGCAUCAGAUUAAUCCGUCAGUUGAUUGAGGAAUACACGAUGGACGUGGUUCAGACAUACAUGGGUGCUAUCCAAGGUGCUGCAGAACUUGCCAUUCGGAAUCUAUUCAAGAGACUGUCUUCGCACUUCGGAGGCACCGAGUUGAAGGCUGUUGAUCAUAUGGACGACGGCACUCCGAUUGAACUAAAGGUGACUCUGAAUGCUGAAGAUGGAUCGGCCGUGUUUGACUUUACUGGCACUGGAGCUGAGGUUUAUGGCAACUGGAAUGCCCCGAUAGCCAUCUGCUAUUCGGCCAUCAUCUUCGCCCUUCGCUGCAUGGUGGAAUCUGAUAUCCCCCUGAAUCACGGCUGCAUCAAACCAGUGCAGGUAAUCGUGCCAGACAGUUCUCUGCUCAAGCCCAGCAUCACCGCCGCAGUCUGUGCUGGCAAUGUUUUGACCUCCCAGAGAAUCGUGGAUGUCAUCUUCAAAACACUAGGAACAUCCGCCGCCAGCCAAGGAUGCAUGAACAACUUUGCCUUUGGUCGCGAUGGCAAAGACGGAUUCGGAUACUAUGAAACCAUCGCCGGGGGCAGUGGUGCUGGUCGAACAUGGACAGGCACGGACGGCGUGCACACCAACAUGACCAACACGCGCAUCACAGACCCCGAGUCUCUCGAACGACGAUACCCCGUGGUCCUGCGACGAUUCUGCAUUCGCCCGAAUAGUGGUGGACGUGGUGCUCACCGUGGUGGAAAUGGAGUGAUCAGAGAUGUUGAAUUCCGCCUCCCCAUGAUGGCAUCCAUUCUCUCCGAGCGACGCAGUUUCAGCCCGUAUGGAAUGGCCGGUGGUGGUGACGGCAAACGGGGAUUGAACACAUGGGUGAAGAAGACGGGCGCAUCCAUCUCGAUUGGAGGCAAGAAUUCCAUCUCGGUGUUGCCUGGAGAUCGGCUGGUGAUCGAGACGCCUGGCGGUGGUGCAUACGGAAAGGAGAGCGAGGGACAGCUGGUGGAUGAGUCAAAAGUGAGGCCGUCGUUUGUGCCGAUCGCGAAUGGAUCAGUCGAGGCAGCGAGAUCAUUAGCUGAGCAGGUGUAGAAGACAGAGAAUUAAUGUAUAUGAAGUCAUACACUCGACUCUGUGUUGACGAUAACCGGCAUUCGCAUUAAUACAGAGUUAUUCAGUAAAGAAUAUAGUGAGAAAGGCC